CAAAUCUCCUCACAUACUGACUAUAAGAGGUUGAUGAACAGUCGUGCCAAGCCAGGACAGGCCUACGUCCCCACAGAUGUAGAACACAUUGCCAACGUUAUCUCUCAUGGGUUAUGGAUCUUGCCUAGCGUCCUGGGCCUACUGUGGAUGGUGUACCUGUCGGUAACACAGGUGCAGAUGAUCAUCGCCGUUGUGUACGGUGGCGCCCUGGCAACACUGUUCAGUGUGUCCACCACCUUCCACACCGUCUCCUUCUGUGCCAGCAAGUUCAGCAGCUCAUUCAAGAACUUCUUCCAUAUUGGUGAUCGUGCAGUCAUCUAUGUCUUCAUCGCUGCUUCCUACACCCCAUGGCUGGCCCUGAAAGACCUGGGCUGGUGGGGUCAUCAUCUCAUCCUGCUCAUCUGGUCCCUGGCAGCCUUCGGCAUCACCUACCAGUAUAUCUACCAUGAACAGUACAAAUGGCUGGAGAUUGUGUUCUACAUGGGUAUCGGGAUCCUUCCAGCAUCUGCAGUAUUUCUCAUGGAAGAGUGCUCUGGCAUCUACGAGGUGCUCAUCGGUGGGAGUAUGUACAUGUGUGGAGUCGUGUUUUUUAAAAGCGAUGGCGUCAUUCCUUUCGCCCAUGCCAUCUGGCACUGUUUUGUGUUUGUAGGUGCUCUGUUCCAUUUCUAUGCUGUAUGCACUUACCUUCUGGGUGCCGGUGCCAUCAGUGUUGGUGGUCAGAAUACAGUGACACAUGAUGAACUCUGAUGGUGUAUGCACCCCUGCCUCAGCUUCCAUGGAUUCUGUAAUCAGCCCCAGCAUGACGUGAGAUGUUACUGGGUUGGAAAUAUACACCAACAUUGAUAUAUAAACCGAUGUUGAUAUAUACACCAAUGUUGAUAUGUACACCAACAUUGAUAUAUACACCAAUGUUGAUAUGUACACCAACAUUGAUAUAUAAACCGAUGUUGAUAUAUACACCAACAUUGAUAUAUACACCAACAUUGAUAUAUAAACCGAUGUUGAUAUAUACACCAAUGUUGAUAUAUACACCAACAUUGAUAUAUAAACCGAUGUUGAUAUAUACACCAAUGUUGAUAUAUACACCAACAUUGAUAUAUAAACCGAUGUUGAUAUAUACACCAAUGUUGAUAUGUACACCAACAUUGAUAUAUACACCAAUGUUGAUAUGUACACCAACAUUGAUAUAUAAACCGAUGUUGAUAUAUACACCAACAUUGAUAUAUAAACCGAUGUUGAUAUAUACACCAAUGUUGAUAUAUACACCAACAUUGAUAUAUAAACCGAUGUUGAUAUAUACACCAAUGUUGAUAUAUACACCAUAUACACCAAUGUUGAUAUGUACACCAUUGUUGAUAUAUACACCAACAUUGAUAUAUAGACCAAUGUUGAUAAAUAGACCAAUGUUGAUAUAUACAUCAAUGUUGAUAUAUUAACAAUGUUGAUAUAUGAACCAAUGUUGAAUACUUGGGUUUUAUCAAUGAUAUAUUUCAUAUAUAUAUAUAUUAUCAAAUUUUCGUGGUCGAUAUGCCAGUGAGGCAAAAUAGAAUCAAUGCCAAAUUUUCGAAAAGCUUAAGAAAAAAAUAAAUCAAAUAUUAUAAUUCAAUUAAAUACAGCAUUUAAUGGCACUCAUACAGUUUACUGGACACCUACUGUCAUGAUUGUUUAAUGCGACUAAUAAAGCUGCAAUACGAAAGUUUUUAUAAAGUUGCUGUUUAAAGAUUGGUCAGUAAAGCUCAAAGUAAAAGAAAAUAUGCCUCAGCUUGCCUUUGUAUGGUUUAUUGCUGUUGGACCUCGACACUGAAAAUCAAAGGAAUUCACAAACAUAAAAAAGUUACUUGCAAACAGCAGUUCCAUAAUGGUGUGUCUCAAACUCAUCAGUGACGUGCAUCAUAGUCACAUUUCCCCUAAAACUACUUCUACUUACCAAGCUGUUGUCUCGUGGGUUGAUCCCAUAACCCCCUGCUAGAAAUUGAGUCUGAAAAAACUUAGUAACCUUUAAUGUGGAAGGCGCUCGAGCACAUUCUUUACCAUAAUGGCAAAAGGUGUCUCGUUAAAUGUAUUCUUAUUAUUUAUUUCGUUGGGUUAAAAACAUUGGCCUGGCUGUUAUACAAAUUUGAAAUUCAUGAUUAAAAAAUUGUGUGCACUAUCAUAAAAUUCAGAGAGUUAUGCUGAUGUUUUGGGAAUAGACAUCAAGUCGCAUGAUAUAUUGACAACCUGUUUGUCUUGCAAACACAAAUAGUAUUGAGAUAUAUUACAAGAGGAAAGACCAUGAUAAUUUGUUGUCCGAUGAACUGUUUGGACAUAGUCAAUAUUUAUUCUUUUUUAGCUUGUUCUAUACUCACAGUACUUAUACUACAAUUAUUCACCAUGUUUAAAUGACAAUCGUGUUUUCUUUUGGCUCUCUAGCUCCAAGCUUUAUCUUUUGUUCUGUAACAUACAUCUGUGAUAUUUUUAUUGCAACAUUUACAAGUUUAUCAGGGGCAGGUAUUUUUUGCUACAAGACAAAUUACCUUCCAUUAUGUUAAGCCCAUGAAACAGUGAGGGUACUUUUUCAUAUUUUUAAAGAGAACAUUUUUUGUUCAAAGGAUAAAUGGCUUCUCUCAUUUCUUUUCAAGAAAUCCAACAAAGUGGACUUUCAUGUUCUAGGUUUAAGAUUAUAUUUUUUAUUCAAAUAUGGAAAUAAGCUUGACUUGGUCAUAUUUAUUUCAUAAUGUUAUCAUAUGUAGAAGUUCAUCUUUAAUUGUGUUCUAUCCAAGGUUCAGGGUAGAACUACAAAAUGAUUAUUAAAGUGCCAUGAAUGAAGAAAUAUGUGUCAAAUCUUCGCUGCUCCCUCAUAUAAAUUUGAAUUACAUGACAGUGGCAGUUUUGCAGACAAAUGUUUGAAAAUACCACAUUUCUAUGAUGCCUAGCAUUACUCAAUGUCAGUUGUCCACGGGACAUACACUAUACACUACGUUCCUCCGUCCCUGUGAAUACAUUGAGCAGAUAUGACAUGGAGUGUGAAGGCCAGUCUAUUUUCAGUAAAAUAUGGUGAAGUAUAAGGCCAGACCAACUUUAUUUCUUGUUUUACAGAUCCGCGGUCGUAUUUUGUCAAGAAUAACAAUAAAAAUAAAUAUUAAU